AUGAAUAUUACUAUUACUUCAACCUUUUUUAACAAUCUUUCUUCGGAUUUCUCUAAUUUUCUUGAGAAUGCGGAUGAUUAUAACGUGAUAAUUAAAGUUGGGACUGCGAUUGAAAAUUUGGAUGCGAAAAUGUUUGAGGCACAUUCGGCUAUCUUACGUGCACGAUGCUCGUACUUUUGUGCAGCGCUGUCAAGUAAUUGGGCAAAGAAAGAACACGAUAAAUUUAUUUUAACAUUGCCAAAUACAUUACCAGAUAUUUUUGAGUUGAUUCUAAAAUAUUUGUAUAGUGGCAGUAUAACAAUCACCGAAAAUACAAAUAUGCUUGGUCUUUUAGCGACAGCAGAUGAAUUAGUUCUUGAAGAACUUCUUACCUAUGUUCAAAAAUUUCUUAUUACACAAAAGACAGCCUGGUUAAAACAAAAUAUUUACAAAGUUCUAGAUUUGGCAUUUAAGCUUGACACUGCAAAAGAGCUACAAGAAUACUGUAUAAACAUUGUAACGUGCGCGCCCAAAAAGUUUUUUGCCUCGGACGAAUUUUGCUCGAUCCAAGAAUCUGCGCUCGUCUCAAUAUUGCAACAGGAAGAAAUUUGUCUUGACGAACAAGAUAUUUGGCAGCAUGUAAUUGAAUGGGGGUUAACGAAUACACCAUCGCUAAAAAAUAAAGAACUUUCUAAUUGUCAAAAAGAAGAUUGUAUAGAGUUGGCAAAGACUCUUGCGCCGUUUUUCCCACAUAUUCGGUUUUCUGAUAUUCCUAAACGUCACCUUUUAAAUAAAGAGACGUUAUUACCAGAAAAACUUCAAGAGGAACUUUCCGAAUAUUAUUCCACUAAUGUAUUCAAGUCGUCUAGUGAUUUAUUACCACCACGUGCAAGGUUAUGCUCGGAAAUUAUCACGAGUUGUCAUAGCAGUCUUAUCGCUAGUUGGAUUGACCAUCGCGACUAUACGGCGACUGGAAAAGUGUGUAGUCCGUAUCGAUUCAAAUUAGUUUUUCGAGCAAGUCAAGAGAAUUUCUCACUGAAAAAUCUUCGACGAGAGCACUUAAAUGUCCCCAUAAUAAUUGUAGCCAAAGUUGCGGGAACUGGUGAAGUAAUUGGCGGCUAUACUCCCACGAUAACAAGCACUAACAAAUUUAUUGCUACGAAAGAUUCAUUUAUUUUUUCUUUUCGAGUUGAUCGUGAGCCCAAUAGCAAUUUGGACGACGAGAACUCUAAUGUUGAUGGUAUGGAAAAUCGUGAAUCAGCAACGAAAAAAACAAACACACAUGCUCCUAUAAAGCAUGUUCUAAGUCGGGUUUUGCUGAAUUGUUGGGAACGAGCUGUUACGGAUAUUUCCCUUGGAUUUUUGAGUUUUGGUAUGAGCGAUUUGAGAAUUGGUGGUGUACUGGAUCCAAAAAGUGCUUAUUGUAAGCGGGGAAAUUAUGAACUCCGGAUACGUAAUGUGGAUGGGCCAUUUCGAAUUGAUGAAUAUGAAAUAUUUCAAGUCCUAAAAGUUGCACCUUCGGAUAGCUUAUAA